AUGGCCGCGCGCGUCGAGCCGUCAUCGCGCGUCCCCAGCGCGCGCGCCGUCGCGCGCGCUUGGUAUGCGGCCACCAGAUCCUCGUCGCGGUCCUCGUCGCCCCGGGGUCUGAAUCGCGCGACGCUCGCGUCGUCGUCGCGUCGCGCGCGUCGCGCGAACGCGUCGUCGUCCUCCUCCUCGUCCUCCUCCUCCUCGUCCUCCUCCUCCUCCGAUGCGCCGCGCGCGCGCCUCACGCCACCCCCUAACGUCGAGCCCGACGGCACGCCGCGCCACAUGUUCAUCUUCGGGCUCGGGUACGUCUCGCUCGGCGUCGCGAACACGCUCAGACGCGGCGGGUGGACGGUGUCGGGGACGUGCCGCGACGAGGCGCGCGCUCGAUCGCUUCGCGACGCCGGGAUCAACGCGCACGUCUGGCGCCCGGACGACGGGAUAGGGCUAGACACGGACGGCUGGCGCGCGCUGUGCGCGUCCACGCACGUGUUAGACUCCGUCCCGCCGGUCGCGGACUUCGACCGCGACCCGGUGCUGUCGGACAAGGCGUGCGUCGACGCGCUCGUCGCGAAGUCGCGCGCCCGCGGCGGCGGCGACGGCGGUGACGGCGGCGACGUCGUCGCCGCCGACGACGCGUCGCCGUUGCGAUGGGUCGGAUAUCUCAGCAGCACGGGCGUGUACGGCGACUUCGCGGGCGCGUGGGUCGACGAAACCACCGCGGUGCGGCCGUCCAGCGCGAAAGGCAAAGCUCGGGACGAGGCCGAGCGCGCGUGGAGAGACCUGAGAGUCGAGUCCGGCGUCCCCGCCUUCGUCUUUCGCCUCGGCGGCAUCUACGGCCCGGGACGGAGCGUCUUGGACGCCGUCGCCGCGAAACACGCCGCGGGGGUGGCACCCGCGACCGCCGCGAGCAAGGCGGAGCGAGGGACGCGGAAGUUCAUAUCGCGAGUCCACGUCGCGGACAUCGUCAACGUGUUAUUCGCGAGCGUGAACAAAGUCGCCGAGCGCGGCGGUUACGGCGGAGAGACGGAAGAAGAGGACACUGUGUACAACGUCGUGGACGACGAGCCCGCGCCGCGGGGGGACGCCGCGGCGUACGCGCGGUCGCUGCUCGGGAUAGAAGAAUUCGAGGAGAACGACGCCGACGCGACGGAGGACGAGGUCGCGGCGGCGGCGGGAACGGCGUAUCCGUCGAGGAGAAGCGGUGAGGAGAAACGCGUGAGAAACGCGCGCGCGAAGACGUCGCUCGGCGUCGAGCUGUUGUUUCCGACGUACCGCGAAGGGCUCGCCGCGAUCGCGGGGGGGGAUAAGACGCCGUUCGAUUGA